AUUCCGUCAGUUUGGAUGAAGCGGCGCUCCAGUGAAGGACGGUCGGUGCGCAUUUAUCGGCAAUCAGUGUUCCACGUUUUGUGACGUGUCGAGCGACGGUUUUCGGUUCUCUAAUUGCCGUAUCAAGCGCGUGAUACACUCCUACCAAGAGCCGACAUGACGGGCAAGUGUCCCUUCCAUAACCCCGUCUACAUCGCAACUGCAACUGCCCUGAUAGCUGGGGCUAUGUAUUGGUUGUGGAAGAGAGGGGGUUGCGGCGGAAAAUGCGCCAGUUGCAAAUGCAAGGUCAACCCGGGAAUCGAUAAGUCGAAAGCCAAGGUCGUCAACACGGUCGAUAUCGAAGACAUCGGGGACAAAGCCGUAUUCUGCAGGUGCUGGAGAAGUUCGAAAUUCCCAUAUUGCGACGGCACUCACACCAAGUUCAACCAAGAGUCUGGGGAAAAUGUGGGUCCACUCAUCGUGCAGAAGAAGAAGUGAGUCGGAGGUGCUUCAUCAGCUGAGGCAGCAUUUCUCCACGAAUAGAGACUGAUAGUAAGAGAGAUGGACUAGACUAAUGCCGACGUAUCGGAAUUUCGAUGUAGAGAAAAGCCAAAGCUCUCAUUGAUGCACGAAUAAAACCAUUUCCCUCUGACAU